CUCAGUACUCGGUCUGGGAUUUGGGAAUCUGUGUACUAAAUUUUAAAUAAUAUGGUGCUUAAAUAUUGUUAUAGUAUUAGCGAUUUAUAGUUGAUUGUUGAACACUAUAUCAACUAAAAAUACUCAGCCGAGGAAAAUAUCUACAUUAUACCACAAAUUGAACAACUUAGCCUUAAAUCUAUAACGUGGCUUCAGAGCUCUGAUUCAAAAUGGCAAAUUGCAUAUUAGCUAAGAUUGGGCAACUACGAUUUCUUCCAGCAACAAAUCUUUUACAACCAUACCGUACAACCACAUCAAAACAUUAUAACCCCAAGUUUAAGAAGCUUCGUAAAGAAAAAUUUCUAAAAAUAAAUCUUCACGACUAUAACGAGGAUAUUGACAACCUUCCUGAAGAAAAAGUCAGGCAGAAGAUGAAAGAGCGUGGCUUGCUUCCUACUAGACCUUGGAAUGACAGACCUUUUUACGUUUCAGCGACAGGUGGUGUUUUUGAGGCAUACAUCCCACCAGAGGGUGAUGGAAAAGCCUCCAUAGUGUCAACUACCCGAGCAAAACAAACUGUAGAGCUGCUUGAAAAAAAAUCUAAAUCAAUGAUGGCAAUACGUAAAGUUAAAUCUUUUGAUGAAGAUUUUGAUACCAAAGAAUUUUGCCGGAUAGCCCAAGAUAUUUAUGUUAAGGCACAUGAAAGUCUUGUUAAUAAUGAUAGGCAUGCCUUGAGAACAUAUGUUACAGAAAAAGCAUAUCCUGAAUUUCGGCAUAAUUCAUUUGGAAAGACAAUAAGAUGGAAGUUUUUGGAAUCACUAGAGCCACCAAGAGUAGUUCAUGCCAGAUGUACAGAUGUUAUUAGCAAAGAGAAUAUAUUUGGACAGAUCACUGUUCGCUUCCACACUCGUCAGCAGUUGUCCGUGUAUGACCGUUUUGGAAGACUAUUGCAUGGUAGUGAGAUUCUUGCUAAGGAUGUCUUGGAAUAUGUUGUAUUUGAGAAGCAUUUAUCCAAUGUUUAUGGUAAUUGGAGAGUGCAUGGGAAAAUAAUACCAGAUUGGGCACCACCUAAAGACCCAUCUAAACUAACAAGAUUAAUGCCAGAAGAGAAGACUGUGGUGCCAGAAAAAACUGACAGUGAAGAAAUCACAGAAACCACACUUGUAGCUGAUAAGUAAUUAAUAAAAAUAUACAAUAUUCAA